CAGCUCUCCACUUCUCCAAUUCACACGCUCCGCUUCCCCUCUCUUCCUCUUCUCUUCUCCUCCUCUUCGAUCAAUUUUAGUAUCACUCGGAAGAAAUAACAAAGAUGGUUAACAACCGCUCCUCCGCAACCUUGGCGAUCCUGAAGACCACCACCACUGACGGCUCCAACUCGAAGCAGGCCACCGUCCGGCCUCCGUCGCCGACGACCUCUGCGGAGGAGUCUAACGUGCUCACUGCCACCGUAACAGAGGAAAGAGACGAGUGCUCUCUCAAAGGGCCUAAAUUCGAGGCUGACAACGAGGUAGAGGUGCAGUCCCCUGACCGCGGCCUCCUCGAGUCCUUUCUAGCCGACCACCUCGACUUCACCGCCGACUUCAUGAUCUCCUCCCCGCGGCAGGAUUACAUGAUCUGCUCCCCGCGCAGAGACUUCAUGCUCAUUUCCUCCCCCAAGAGGGACUACAUGAUUUCCUCCCCCCGAAGAGACUUCAUGAUGUCCUCCCCAAAGCGAGAGUACAUGGUCUUGUCGCCUAGGAGAACCACCGGGCUCGAGGCGGUGCCUCCCUCGCUCAUCCACUACAAUUACUCCAACAAUUCGAAGUCGCAGAGCCCGCUUCAGAAGGUCUCCAACUGUUCCAUUUAUGCUCCUCCCUAUUCCUCCCCUGUCACGGACUUCCUCCACGGGGAGAGCCUGGCGCUGCCGGCCGUCGACGCGUACCUUGAGGACUACGGCAGAGAAGGGUACGACAUGCACAGCGUGAGGUGCGACGCCGAUCAGUUCUCGUCGGAGGCGACGUCCUACACAGGGGCGGCGUUACCGCCAACGCCGACGGCCGCGGCACUGCCGUCCCUUCUUGAUUGCUUCGUGAUGGAGUCGAGAUACGGUGGCCAGAUGAUGGCGGCAGGGAUUAAUUUCUGCGCGGAAGAGGAUGCAGCAUACCAGCAUUAUGGCGGCGGCCCAGCGGUGGCGCAAACUCAGUACGAGGAACCACAGCAGAAAGCAGAGAUGGGACAUGGAUUUGUGAACUCUGUAGGAUCUACAAGUAUUGUCAGCUCUGACACCAAUACUUCGGCUGCUCUGUAUCAUGGAAUCGUUGGUGAUACCAUGUCGUCGAUCGUUUCCUCAGAGCAUGGACAGGAGCACGACAGUGGGUUGCAACUGGUACAUCUGCUGUUGGCGUGCGCGGAGGCGAUCGCCAAGGACGACUUAGUGAGCGGGCGGCGUUACCUCCACCACCUCAAGCGCGUCGUCUCGCCGCUCGGCGACUCCAUGCAGCGCGUGGCCUCUUGUUUCACCGACGCCCUUGCCGCCAGACUCUCCCCGACCUCCUCCUCCUUACCAUCACCAUCAGGCUACGGCGGCCGGUGCAUUAAGCCACCGCACCCCGUCGAAGUGCUAAAGAUAUAUCAGAUUAUAUACCAGGCGUGCCCCUACAUCAAGUUCGCCCACUUCACCGCCAACCAGGCCAUCUUCGAGGCGUUCGAGUCGGAGGACUGCGUCCAUGUGAUCGACCUGGACAUCCUACAGGGGUACCAGUGGCCGGCCUUUCUGCAGGCCCUUGCCGCCCGUCCCGGCGGCGCGCCCGCUCUCCGCAUCACCGGCGUGGGGCAUCCGGCCGAGGCCGUCCGCGAAACCGGGCGCCAUCUUGCCGAGCUGGCCCACUCCCUCCGCGUGCCCUUCGAGUUUCACGCAGCCGCAGUAGAGCAGCUGGAGGAUCUCCGGCCCAGCAUGCUCCACCGCCGGGUGGGGGAGGCGCUGGCGGUGAACUCGGUGGACCGGCUCCAUCUGGUGCCGGGGGCCCACAUUGGCCCGCUGCUGGCCAUGAUCCGGGACCAGGCGCCGAAGAUUUUGACGUUGGUGGAGCAGGAAGCGAGCCACAACGGGCCCUACUUCCUGGGGCGUUUUUUGGAGGCGCUACACUACUACUCGGCCAUCUUCGACUCGCUGGACGCGACGUUCCCGGCGGAGUCGGCUGCUCGGGCGAAGGUGGAGCAGCUGCUGCUGGCACCGGAGAUAUGCAACAUCGUGGCGUGCGAGGGGAGCGAGAGGGUGGUGCGGCACGAGAGAUUGGAGAGGUGGCGGCGGAUGAUGGAGGGGAGGGGGUUCAAGGGGGUGGCGCUGAGUGGGAACGCGGUGAACCAGAGCAAGAUCUUGCUGGGGUUGUACCCCUGUGAUGGGUACAGGCUGACGGAGGACAAGGGAUGCUUGCUGUUGGGGUGGCAGGACCGCCCCAUCAUCGCCGCUUCCGCCUGGAGAUGCUGAUCAUCACCGCGCGCCUAGCUCAUCCAUACAUCGUCCCAUUGCUAGCUAGUCACCACGCUAAAACCACAAUUUGAUUACAUGGCUAUAAUAUUAAUAUCAUAAUGGA